CCAUCUGCCAUCCUCCACCACAACCUGAUACAACUUCGACUUCAGCAUUACUUAACCCGUACAGCUGAUCACGACACAAACCACCCACCCCGCCCACGCGCCUACCCCACCACCAACCUCCAACAUCCCAAUCAACACAAAACCAACACCGCCAACAAUGUCUGAACGAAUCCCCGAAUCAGUCCCCACCUCCCAGCACCCCUCGCACUCCACCUCUCGCCCCAAAAAACGCGCACUCUCCCCCUCCUCCGCCACCGCCGCCAACAUAUCCCACCUCUUCGCCAAGCCCGACGCCGCUCUCGCGCUCGCCAACAGCGCCAGGAGCAGCAGCUCCCCCGCCUACUCCGCCGCGCCCCCCGAGAUCGUCGCGAACGUGCAGGGAUCCAGCGCGGGGGCGGGCAGCGGGGAGUUCCAUGUGUAUAAAGCGAGUCGGCGGCGGGAGUUCGCGAGACUGAAGGCGAUGGAUGAGGAAGUGUUAGGGGAGAAGAUGGAGGAGGAGUAUGAGAGGGAGAAGAGGGAGAGGGAGGACAGGGAUAGGGAGGCGACGGAGAGGAGGAGGAGGAAGAGGGAGGGGAGGAGGAAGAAUGGGAAGGGUGGGAAGGAGGGAGGGGUGAAGGAGGGUGUUAAAGUUGGGGGAAUGAAGCCGAGGGCUGAUGUGGUGAUGGGGGAUGCGGCGGGCGUGAGUGUUGCGCCAGCGCUGGAGGCGGCGCAGGAACAGGGCCUUAUCAUUCAUGACGACGAUUGAGCAUGCCCACUUGGGAUCAAUGCCCUGCAAAUUUCAGACGCGCCUCUGAGCCGAGAUAUCCCAGUUUGUGGAGGCUACAGAAGUCGCAUGGCCGUUGGAAACGCUGCUGGGUGGAUAUAUGAUAUGGCCGGUAUCUCCGAUGCGCAGCUAUGAUACUGGGUCACUCGCCGUGUUGUUGAAUCCACAUAUGAAGGAGUCUCGUCGACUUCAACCACCGAGGAGCGGGAAUCCAUACGACAGCCUGGAGCUUAAAUGUAUUAUCAAACAGACAUGUAGAAUUAAGAGCAUCACU